AUGAUUACAAAUAAAUAUGUUCGUACUCAAGUAAAUGAGAAUAAUUUUGAAGAUUAUUCCAUAAUGUUCAAGAAAUUCGACGAAAAAGAUGAUAUAAUUGGUUCACAACAAUUGAAAACUUCCACACAGAGGGGAAUUCGCGCUAAAAUACAAGAGCAGUAUCCAUUACUUGAGCCUUAUAUGGCCGAUAUCUUGCCGAAAAAAGAGAAUUUUAAAUUGAUCAAAUGCAAAGAUCAUGUGGAAUUGAUCGCCGACUCAGAGGGAAAUGUUUUAUUUGUGAAGCCGAGGGAUCUACCGUAUAUUCCAUCGUUAAGAUUACUGCAUAAAUAUCCGUUUAUGAUGCCUCAGCAGCAGGUGGAUAAAGGUGCAAUAAAAUUCGUAUUAAAUGGCUCACAAAUUAUGUGUCCCGGUCUCACAAGUCCAGGCGCUAAAAUGACGGAUAAUAUUCCGAAGGAUGUGGUCGUUGCUGUGAUGGCUGAAGGUAAGCAACAUGCAUUAGCAAUUGGCGUUAUGAAGAAGUCAACUGAGGAAAUUCGAGCAAUAAAUCAGGACAUUGGUAUUGAGAACAUACAUCAUUUGAAUGAUGGACUCUGGAAGGUACCUGUGGUGUUAUAA